CCAAACCCAGGCAGCAAAAACAUCCCGGCGCAUUCCUGGGGAGUCCUCAGCUGCCAGCAUCUGAUUAGAACCAUAUCUCGCCGGGAGUGGCCGCGCGGCUCCGAGGCUCCCGGCCGGCGGCUAUUUAAGCGGAGCCCACCGUGUCGGCUGCGCUGCAGCCCGGAGGCUCCGCGCGCGGGGAAGUCAUGCUCGCUCCGCAGAGGCGCUAGCUAGCCCGUGUGUGUCAUAGGUUAUGUUCAUUUGAGACCUGUUCAUCGGAGAUUUCCUGGUGUCACUGAGUAUCUGUUGCUGUUUGCCUUCUUGCCAUGUCUAACGAAGUAGAAACAAGCACGACCAAUGGUCAGCCUGACCAACAGGCUGCACCAAAAGCACCAUCAAAGAAGGAAAAGAAGAAAGGGUCUGAAAAGACAGAUGAGUAUCUGUUGGCCAGGUUCAAAGGUGAUGGUGUAAAAUACAAGGCCAAGUUAAUUGGUAUUGAUGAUGUGCCAGAUGCAAGAGGGGAUAAGAUGAGCCAAGAUUCUAUGAUGAAACUCAAGGGAAUGGCAGCGGCUGGCCGGUCUCAGGGACAACACAAGCAAAGAAUUUGGGUCAACAUUUCCCUUUCUGGGAUAAAAAUAAUUGACGAGAAAACUGGGGUAAUAGAGCAUGAACAUCCAGUAAAUAAGAUUUCUUUCAUUGCCCGUGAUGUGACGGACAACCGGGCAUUUGGUUACGUGUGUGGAGGAGAAGGACAGCACCAGUUUUUUGCCAUAAAAACAGGGCAACAGGCUGAGCCAUUGGUUGUUGAUCUUAAAGACCUUUUCCAAGUUAUCUACAAUGUAAAGAAAAAGGAAGAAGAAAAGAAAAAGGCUGAAGAAGCCAACAAAGCAGUAGAGAAUGGAAGUGAGCCCCUAAUGACUCUUGAUGAUCAAGCCAACAAACUGAAGUUGGGUGUUGACCAGAUGGAUUUGUUUGGGGACAUGUCUACACCUCCUGACCUAAAUAGUCCAACAGAAAGCAAAGAUAUCCUGUUAGUGGAUCUAAACUCUGAAAUCGACACCAAUCAGAAUUCUUUAAAAGAAAAUCCAUUCUUAACAAACGGCGUCACCUCCUGCUCUCUUCCUAGACCAAAGCCUCAGGCAUCCUUCUUGCCUGAACCUGCCUUCUCUGCCAAUCUCCACUUCUUUCCCACCCCUAAUCCUGAUCCUUUCCGUGAUGAUCCUUUUGCACGGCCAGACCAAUCGGCACCCUCUUCGUUUGAUUCUCUCAAACCUCCAGAUCAGAAGAAAGAGAAUUCGAGUAGCUUGUCUACUCCACUGAGUAGUGGGCCCCUGAAUGGUGAUGUUGAUUACUUUGAUCAGCAAUUUGACCAAAUCUCUAACCGGACUGGCAAACAGGAAGCUCAGGCAGACCUCUGGCCCUUUCCAAGUACGCAAACCCAGCCAGCAGUGAGAACUCAAAAUGGGGUAUCUGAAAGAGAACAGAACGGCUUCCAUACCAAAUCUUCCCCGAACCCUUUUGUGGGAAGCCCUCCCAAAGGACUGUCUGUACUGAAUGGCGUAAAGCAGGACAUGGAAAGCUCUGUCCAGUCCUCACCACCUGACUCCAUAGCCAUUAUCCCACCUCCACAAAGUACCAAACCAGGAAGAGGCAGAAGGACUGCUAAGUCUUCAGCAAAUGACUUGCUUGCAUCAGACAUCUUUACUCCUCCCGUCUCAGAACCUGCAGGCCAGACAUCGCCCACAGGACAGUCUGCAGCCCCACAGACCAACCCUCUGGAUCUCUUCAAAACAAGUGCUCCUGCCCCAGUGGGACCCCUUGCAGGUCUAGGUGGUGUACCAGUUACACCCCCUCAGGCAGGACCUUGGAGCACAGCUGUAGUCUUCAGUCAGCCCACUUCAGUGAUCCCAGGAGCUAUGAUGAGUGGUCAGCCUUCGGGUUUCAAUCAGCCAGUUGUUUUUGGUACAAACCCAGCUGUUCAAGGUUGGAGCCAGCCUUCAUCCUUUGCAGCCUCAACUCCCCCUCCAGCCCCUGUCAUUUGGGGCUCUUCUGCAUCUAUGGCACCCAAUGCAUGGUCAUCAACAAGCCCUUUGGGGAAUCCUUUUCAGAGCAAUAUUUUUCCACCUUCUACCAUGUCCACUCAGUCCUCUUCUAUGCUUUCGUCUCUCCUGGUCACUCCUCCUCAGCCACCUCCCACUGGUCCUCCAAAGGACAUCCCAAGUGAUGCCUUCACUGCCUUAGACCCACUUGGGGAUAAAGAAGUCAAGGAAGUGAAAGAAAUGUUUAAGGACUUCCAACUGAAGCAGCCACCUGCUGUGCCUGCAAGGAAGGGAGAUCAGCCUCCCACUGGAACUACAAGUGCCUUCUCCAGUUAUUUUAACAGUAAGGUUGGCAUUCCUCAGGAGAAUGCAGACCAUGAUGAUUUUGAUGCCAAACAACUGUUGAACAAAAUCAACGAACCACCAAAGCCAGCUCCCAGACAAGGUGCCAUACCAGUGACCAAAUCUGCUGACAAUGGAUUUGAGAACCCUUUCUCUAAAGGUUCCUUCAGCUCACCACAACCCUCUAUGGCUCCUCCACAGACCAUAUCUUCUGAUGGAUAUAAGGAUCCUUUUGGAAAUCCUUUUGCCUAACUUCUAAACUUGGAAUGCUCCAGAGGAAUGAAAAGGUUAGCCUUUUCAUUUUCAAAAGCUUCAAGGAUAAAGCUAAUAAUAGCCAGACAUGUCCUGACCUCUGUCCUUGUUCCAGCUUUGACAUAUUAUCCAUUGCCUUAUUUCUUCUUACCUCUUCCACUUUAAAAAUGCCUUUUACUUUCUGUCUAGGCUAAAGCUAAUCUGAAUCUAUGGCUUUAUGUAAAUUAAGAUCCUAAACUCUCUAGCUUAAAUGUAAAUGAAGUAGCUUCCCUACCUCCCCUUGCCUUCAUGUCCCUUGAACUUUCCAGAAUACUCUUCCUUUCUACCCUCUGGUUGGAAAAUGCAGCUACCACAACCCCUUAUAUUAUACCGUUUCAAGGAAAUGCCCUAAUCCUUUUAGGUCAAAGCCAUUUGAGUUUUCUAUUUUAGAGCAUAAAACCUAAAGAUUCUACUAGAGCAAGGUACCUUCUUCAAAGAUGACUUGCUUCAGACACAAAGAAUUUUUUAAAUAAAGUGGAAGCAAGUCCAUCUUCUCCUUAGAUACUUUGGAAUCUGCUAUAGCUGGGGAAAUUUUGAAGACAUUUUCUCCUAUUUUUGAAAAUCAAUUUCUCCCAAUACCAAAACUAUCCCUUUCUAAUUUACUGCUUGCAAAAGCAUUAUUCAUUCUUCUUUCCCUCUGAUUCUUUUUUCAGUCCAUUUUACUCCUGGGUUCAUAUAACAUUACUUUCCUUUUAUAAGGAACAGACUUUCAUGGGGGAAAAAAAAAUCAAAUGAGUCACAGAUCUGGAGCCUCCUUUCCUUCUCAUUAAUGGUUAGUCCAGUAACUAGAAUUGCAAGUGGAUACAACCUGUACCCUCCCUAUGGACUAAGGGACCAUCCUUUUGAGCUGAAGUUCCAGAAGAGCAGUUAAUGUGAAAGAGAAAUUGAACUAAACUCAACAAUGAAGGACCAUAUUCUGAAGAGCAACAUAUCACGGAGCUAAAUGUAACUGUGCCAAACACACAGGGUCCAUACUGUGGUCAUGCUAGGCCUUUAUCAAGAAACUGGAAAACUUUCUUGAAGCCACAUCUCAUAGUUAGUAGGAAGAUAAAUGGGAGGGGAGAAGAUGACAAACAACUAUUUGGGUUUAUCAUUGAAAAUCUAAUGUCUGCAAUAUUUUUCUCCUCAUAACCUUGGGAACUUUCCCAGUUCAUUUUCAGUCCUAUUGUUAGCACAGUUCUGAAGGGUUUGUUCUUGCCAAAAUUAGUUUGCCUUGUUUAUGUUGGAUUUUUUAAAUAUUAUCUCUUGACCCUUAAUGCUCAGGUAUUUGUGGGUGUUUAUCAACCACAUACAAUGUUACCUUUGGGUGGAAGAAGAGGAUCACUGCUCAGGAUUUAAAUAAGAAGAUGGCCUGGUGAGCCUCUAUUGAUUAGCCCCAAGUAGUCCAAGCUAAAGUCCUGUGAUUUUAUGUUUAAUGGUAAUAGUUGAUUAUCUACAGUGUAAUUUUCUGUCUGGCUUCGUACUCAGUCAUCAUAAACACAGACUUGAAAUAGUCCUUUAAAAGCCCAAGUACCUAAACAUGCUAAACUGGAGGUAACUAUUUUUAGGUAGUUGAAAAUUUGAAAGUACUGAUCAGCCACACAACUGUUUUGUACAUACUUAAUUUCUUGUGCACUUUUCUGUAUGCAAAUAAAGCUAUAAAUUUACUCAUUUCAAUAAACUGGA